UACCAUACGGAUCCCAUUCAACGACUUUGCAGUCACAACUGUGUGUGUAUGUCUCUCUCUCUCUUCUCGGAUGCCAUAAGAGACCCGGCGAAACUGCCAUCGUCCGCAUCUACAAAAAGGCUACCUACCGCAACACUCAGAGGGUGUACGCGUCUUCCUUUGUGAGUUUCCGUAGUUAUUUAUUUCGCUUUUCUCUCGGAAUCGCGACUGUUUCCGGAAACGAAACGAAAUCCGAUUUAACGAAAAAGAAUGGGGAGCUUGGGUGCGGUUCUGAAAAACCCCGAUGACUUUUACCCGCUGCUGAAGUUGAAAAUGGCGGCGAGGCAUGCUGAGAAGCAGAUCCCUCCGGAGCCACACUGGGCUUUCUGCUACACCAUGCUCCACAAGGUCUCUCGCAGCUUCGCUCUCGUUAUUCAGCAGCUCACCCCCGAACUUCGCAACGCCGUAUGCAUAUUCUAUCUGGUUCUUCGAGCCCUCGAUACUGUUGAGGAUGAUACAAGCAUACAAACAGAUGUUAAAGUGCCUAUCCUGAUAGCUUUUCAUCGUCACAUAUAUGAUCGCGAGUGGCAUUUUUCAUGUGGUACAAAGGAGUACAAAGUUCUCAUGGACCAAUUUCAUCAUGUAUCAAUUGCUUUUCUUGAGCUUGGAAAGAGUUAUCAGGAGGCAAUUGAAGACAUUACCAAAAGAAUGGGUGCAGGAAUGGCAAAAUUUAUAUGCCAGGAGGUAGAGUCAAUUGAUGACUAUGAUGAAUAUUGCCACUAUGUAGCAGGACUUGUCGGACUAGGUCUGUCCAAGCUUUUCCAUGCCUCUGGGUCAGAAGAUUUGGCUCCAGAUCAUCUUUCGAAUUCAAUGGGUUUAUUUCUUCAGAAAACAAACAUAAUACGAGAUUAUCUGGAGGAUAUUAAUGAGAUACCAAAGUGUCGCAUGUUUUGGCCUCGCCAGAUCUGGAGUAAAUACGUUAACAAACUUGAGGACUUGAAAUAUGAGGAAAACUCCGAAAAGGCAGUGCAAUGUUUGAAUGACAUGGUCUCCAAUGCUUUGAUACAUGUGGAAGAUUCCUUGAAAUACAUGGCUGCCUUACGUGAUCUCUCGAUAUUCCGAUUUUGCGCUAUCCCCCAGAUCAUGGCCAUUGGAACACUGGCGUUGUGCUACAACAACAUUGAAGUCUUCAGAGGUGUAGUUAAAAUGAGGCGUGGUCUUACUGCCAAAGUCAUCGACCGAACAAAAACGAUGGCUGAUGUGUAUGGUGCUUUCUUUGAUUUUUCUUGUAUGCUGAAGUCAAAGGUCAACAAGAAUGACCCUAAUGCAACAAAGACGUUGAGCAGGCUGGAUGCGAUACUGAAAACCUGCAGGAAUUCUGGAGUCCUCAACAAAAGAAAAUCUUACGUCGUCAGGAGCGAGCCUAGAUUAAAUCCGACUCUUGUUGUUAUGCUGCUCAUUAUAUUGUCCAUCAUUUUUGCAUAUCUCCUCUCUGCCAAACAACCAAAUAAUUGAAGUUCCACUAAUGAACUUCUUGAGUUUCCUGCCUGUAUGGCUAGCUAUCAAGUGCGUGCUUUGUUCCAAGAAACUUAAUUUAUGUUUGUAUUCAAUAUUUAAAUGCUUUUUCCCGAAGGUUGUAUAUCCACCAUAAAUAUGCCAAAUAUUGUACAUGUAGUUUCCAACCUCUUGGAGGAAACUCUUUUACCUGUUGGCAACUCUUGACUCGUUAAGACAUCAAAUGAGUUCCUCUUUCAACUUUUUCUAGAAAUAAAUAUGAGAUUGAGCAAUGA